AGCCGAGAACGAGAAGCAAGUUUGGUUGCCAUAGAAACGGAAAAACAGAAAAAGGCCAUUUCAGAGGAAAGCUUAACUGCUGGUGGAGUAAAUGUUAGCGGUUUCCAAGAGCUCAUCUUGAUUCAUCUUCAUCUGAGGAAAAUGUCUUAUUCUCAGGGUCAUAAGACAGGCGUUGACAGAGAAGUCAUCAAGUGGCUCCAAGAUCUGGAACUAUCAUUUCACCCAAGGAAUCUGCGAAGGGAUUUGUCCAAUGGUUACCUGGUUGCUGAGAUAUUUUCUCGUUAUUACCCCCAUGACAUCUCAGUGUACUCAUUUCACAACGGAGUAUCAUUUUCUUCCAAGCAGAAGAACUGGAGCCGGAUACAGAAGUUUUUGAAGAAGAAGAAUCUGGAGCUAUCGAAGGAAGUAAUCUAUGGAAGUAUACACUGUGAACCAGGAGCAGCUGAGCAGUUGGUGCAGGAUAUUUACGAGAUGCUGACCAAUCAGAAUGUCACAGAUGUCCAGGGUCAGCAGUCACAACCCUCGUCACUGACUCACUCCACAUCGUCAAGGUCCUUCGGGAACAAUUUGGUAGCUGCAGGGAUCAUGGCCGAGUCAGACGUCAGUUCAGACCAGAGGAGAGCACAAAUCAGCAGGGGCGAAAGAGAGCUGGAACACACAGCUGCAGACAGGUCUCUCCCCACCGACUCGUCAACAUGGAGAGGAGCUCCUGUUUCCUACAAGGAGAUAAAAGUGAACCAACCUGUCAGAAAUUCAAUGGUUAACCUUUUACACUCACUGCAUCACAGUCUAUCUCCCCUUUUUAAAAUAGAUCAGUCAAACACUGAAGACAAGAAGAAGAAGAAGAAAUCUCCAAAAGAGCCAGAAUCAGGAUGACCAACCACCAACCUCUAACAUGACGGCUAAAAAGCUUUUAAUGCUAUUUAGCCUGAAAACAUAAAUAAAAUGUUCUCAAAAAUC